CCCAAGGAAGUGGCUGACAUUUUUAAUGCCCCCAGUGAUGAUGAAGAUUUUCUUGGGUUUGGACAUGAUGAUCCUAGGCAAAUUAUGUCAUCGGAGGACGGCUGUAAUAGUUUUGAUUCAUUGGGGUCUGGAAAAAAGAAUGGUCGUAUUGCGUCCAAGUACCUGACAGAGGAACUGAGGAAGAUUUUCACUGAAGACACUGAUUCAGAAACUGAAGUGUUUGAAGGCUUUCUUCCAAGCGAGCUGGAUGCAGCCAACAAGAAAGCAAUGAUGCUUGCCCAGUUAUUAGCAGAACUGAAUUCCAUACCUGAAUUGUUUCCAGUGAAAACACCCGCUUCAACUCCUUCGAAACAGAAGAAAACCCCCAGGAGGACAUUUUCUGAAGGCCAGAUACAGCGUCGUACAAAUCCAACCAGAAAUGCUCGUCCUCCAGAUAAAUUUGCCUUGGAAAACUUUACAGUAUCUGCUGCUAGAUUUGCAGAACACUUCCGUAGUUAUAGACAGCAAAACCUCCUAAAGAGGAGACUGAGUGGGGGUGGUUGUGGAGUGCAUAAAAGAAGGAGGUCGUCUAAAUAUUCCUCUUACCGUCCUGUUGAAGAUAUUACUGAAGAGGACUUGGAGAAUAUCGCAAUUACAGUUAAAGAUAAAAUCUAUGAUAAAGUCCUGGGUAGUACAUGUCAUCAGUGUCGACAGAAGACAAUUGAUACGAAGACAAUCUGUCGUAAUCAAGGUUGUGGCGGUGUAAGGGGACAGUUCUGUGGACCAUGUCUUCGAAAUCGGUAUGGUGAAGAUGUGAAAUCGGCACUUCUGAAUCCAGAUUGGAUUUGUCCUCCUUGUCGCGGUGUGUGUAAUUGCAGUUACUGCCGCAAGCGUGAUGGCCGCUGUGCCACAGGAAUGCUCAUCCACUUGGCAAAAUUUUAUGGCUAUGACAAUGUUAAAGAAUAUCUUGAAAGUUUACAAAAGCAACUUGCUGAAGAUGAAUGAGGAUGCUGAACAUAGCUGCCUGACCUGGAUAACUUGUAGACAGAUAUUUACUUCAAAAUAAUUAGUUCAAGGUUUAAAAAUUUAUACAAGAUAGAAUUGUAGAAUAUAGCAUAACAUUUCUGUUUUAGGAUUUUUUUAAUUGAUUGAUCUCAAUCAAAGAUCUCUCCAAAAAUAUCUUGGUUAAAGGAAUCUAUGUAAAUUACAUUCUUUUUGUGCAUAAACACCUGUAUCUAAAGUGGAACAGUGCUCUUAAAACAUGUAUGGGUGGUUCUGCAGUAUUUCUGAAAACACAACAGUAGGGAAUUGUGUAAGCAUAAAGAGUCUUACGAAUUUGGAUCUUAAUAUUAUUUUGGUCAAAGCAAUAUUUUUUAUUUAUAUAAAAUCAUUGUCAACUCCAGUUUGCAUGGGGUAUGUUUAUAUAAUCUAUCCAAGGACACACAAGGGUUCUCCCCCCCACCAAUGACCUGACAACAGGUGUAAGUUUUCUGAAGCCUUCCCUACUGGGCAUGAGCAGAUCAAGUAACUGCAUGCUUAGUCAUCCAGUUUGUGGGCAAGCAUGGGGUUCAGCUUUGUAAAAAAGGUAUCCGUUUCCUUAGUUUCAGUGCAGUUCCAUCAGCUUUGGCUGGAAUGAACGUGCAUCCUUCCACUGAAAUAUUUUUUUUAAUGGAAAGGGUACAAACAGACAAACCCAUCAUGGUAAAAGACAGACAUUAGGGGGCUUUGGUAUGAUGCUCACCAAUUACAGGUUUUUUAUAUGAUGCACCUGCUUUCUGAGCCAGCUGCUUUAGAACAAUAUUAGAUGGUUUAAUUUUACAUUGCAAAGUUUUUAAUCUUUUAUAAUAACUCUUUUUGGAUACUGUUUUGCUAUGUAUGAGACAGCAUAUCUGAUUAGGUAAGAGCAGGCUUUUCAGACAACAUUGUUUAAAAAAUGCUUUUAUUGCAAACUUGGAUUUAUGUUAAAAUUUGUGUAAGAUAUUGUAUUUUUUCUAUGUAGA